GAUCAGCCUUCUGUCUGUGGGAGUUGCAGGGAGAGGGAAAGAAGGCAGGCGGCAUCAUGGCGGAUAGAGACAGUGGAAGCGAGCAAGGAGGAGCGGCGAUGAGUUCCGGUGGCAGCUCGCUACACCCUGCCUCAGGGAUCGGGGGCUCGGCUCUGCAGCACGAAACCCAGGAGCUGGCCUCCAAGCGCGUGGACAUUCAAAACAAGCGCUUCUACCUGGACGUUAAGCAGAACGCUAAGGGCCGCUUCCUAAAGAUAGCGGAGGUCGGGGCUGGAGGCAACAAGAGCCGGCUGACCCUGUCCAUGUCCGUGGCCGUGGAGUUCCGCGACUACCUGGGGGAUUUCAUCGAGCACUACGCGCAGUUAGGACCCAGCAACCCCGACAUGGCGCAGGACGAGCCCAGGCGAGCGCUCAAGAGCGAGUUCCUCGUCCGGGAGAACCGAAAGUACUACAUGGACCUGAAGGAGAACCAGCGAGGCCGCUUCCUGAGGAUCCGCCAGACGGUGAACCGCGGGCCCGGCCUGGGCUCCACACAGGGGCAGACCAUCGCUCUCCCGGCACAAGGACUCAUCGAGUUCCGCGACGCGCUGGCCAAGCUCAUCGACGACUACGGGGUGGAGGAGGAGCCCGCCGAACUACCCGAGGGCACUUCCUUGACUGUGGACAACAAGCGCUUCUUCUUCGACGUGGGCUCCAACAAGUACGGGGUGUUCAUGCGGGUGAGCGAGGUGAAGCCCACGUACCGCAACUCCAUCACCGUCCCGUACAAAGUGUGGGCCAAAUUCGGCCACACGUUCUGCAAGUACGCCGAGGAGAUGAAGAAGAUCCAGGAGAAGCAGCGGGAGAAGCGCGCCGCCGAGCAGCAGGAGGAGGCCCACGGGGACGACGGCGACGACGACUGACACCCGCCGAUUGCGAUAUGUACGACGGAGGAGCGAACUGUUUGUAACUCGUCGGGAGCACCGCCCACCAACCUCCACAGACUGACAGAUCGUGACAUGUCACUCCCAUCGCUGGAUGUCGCCCACCCCCCACC